AGAGAGGUAGAGAGGGAGAGGUAGAGAGACAGCCAUGGAGAGGUGGAGAGCGGACUGUUGUCUUUGUUAUUUUUAAAGUGCUGCUCUUCGCAGCGGUGUCACCGCCGGCGGGGAAUUGUCCCGGUCCAAACACCCGAUGCACCCGAAAGCAGCGACAAGAUUUUCACGGGAGUUGUUUUGCAGUGGCAUAUGUAGAGGUCUGGAUCUAAUAGUUGUGCAGUGUGGGCUCCACAGAGACGUGGCUUAUGGAUGCUGGAACCAUGAGCGUAAGCGACAAAAGGGGCUACUUAGCCGACCUGGGGGGAGGCUUCACUGAGGAUGCACCCAGGCCUCCAGUCCCAGGGGAGGAAGGUGAGCUUGUGUGCAGUGACGGACGCCAAUGCAGCAACUUAGGCUUCUCUACAAAGAAUGAGAGCCUCAAAUGUGAGGCGUCUGUGGCUACACCCAGGCGACCUGACUUGGACCUUGGUUAUGAGCCGGAGGGCAGUGCCUCUCCGACACCACCCUACAUAAAGUGGGCAGAAUCUCUUCACUCCCUCCUGGAUGACCAGGAUGGCAUCCACUUGUUUCGGAUGUUUCUCAAGCAGGAGGAGUGUGCAGAUAUGCUGGACUUCUGGUUUGCAUGCAGUGGUUUCCGCAAACAAGAAGCUAAUGAGGGUAACGAAGAGAGGAAGCUCAAACUCGCAAAAGCUAUCUAUAAGAAAUUUGUCUUGGACAACAAUGGGAUCGUUUCCAGACAGAUCAAACCAGCCACCAAGUCCUUCAUUAAAGACUGUGUGAUGAAGCUUCAUAUUGAUCCAGCAAUGUUUGACCAGGCUCAGACUGAGAUACAGACUAUCAUGGAGGACAACACCUACCCCUUAUUCCUCAAGUCUGACAUUUAUUUGGAAUACACACGGACAGGAGGAGAGAGCCCUAAGCUGUUCAGUGAUCAGAGCUCUGUUUCCGGGAAAGGACUGUCGGGUUACUUGCCGACUUUAAAUGAAGAUGAGGAAUGGAGAUGUGACCAUGAGACAGAGGAGCAGACCGAGAGUGACCCCACACCGAGCAUCCGGCUUACCCAGAAGCUGCUGAUGGAGACUGCGACGCAGCGAGUGUGCAACAUUGCGAGAUUCCAGGACAGUCACGAGUACAGGCCCGCUGCAUGUCGGGAGCCCAUCAACCCGUACUACGUCAACUCCGGUUACGCCCUGGCCCCUGCCACCAGCGCCAAUGACAGUGAGCAGCAGAGUUUGUCCAGUGACGCAGACACGAUUUCCCUCACCGACAGCAGCGUAGAUGGGGUACCACCCUACAGAUACCGCAAACAGCAUCGCCGGGAGAUGCACGAAAGUGCCAAAGCAAAUGGGCGAGUGCCACUACCUCAUAUUCCACGCCCAAACCGGAUUCCAAAGGACAUUCAUGUGGAGCCAGAGCAUUUCGCUGCAGAGCUGAGCAGCAGACUGGAGGGAGUGCUGAGGGAGAGAGAGGCUCAGGAGAAACUUGAGGAGCGACUGAAGAGGGUUCGAUUGGAAGAGGACGGUGAUGAAAUCAUGCCCACAGCCACAACAUCAGCUGGUCACAGGUUCCUUCCUGGUGCCUAUCCGCAGAAUCACAGCUCCCGCUACAAUGACAUCACCUACAACGGGGCUUUUCUGAGAGACGCUCACGAGGAGAACCCCGAGAGUAUCCUGGAUGACCACGUCCAGCGGGUUAUGAAAACCCCUGGCUGCCAGUCACCCGGGGCAGGUCGCCACUCGCCCAAGUCACGCUCACCCGACAGCUUCCCAGGGGGCAAAGGGAUUGGACUGGGAAUGCCGCUGUCAUCAGGCCAGGUCAAACACCCAUCCAGACACGGCCUGAAGGGAGAGAGCAGCCACCUCUACCACCACAAACACGUGCAUCACAUCAACCAGACAGGCAUCGGAAAGCCCAAAGAGCAGGUGGAGGCGGAGGGAGCCAUGCGUGCGCACGGCACCUAUCCCUGGGGAUUGGAGUCGAGUCAUUAUGGAUCAAGGUCUCGCAGCUACGCUGAUGGCAUGGGAUCCAGCUCCAUGGAGCAUACAGGUAGCAAAGGUGGCCCACAGUGUAAAAAGGUGUACAGGAAAGGUGAGGAUGUGCGGUCUUAUGACAUGGUUGGAUCCGGAGAAGAGUUGGAGAAGAACCAGAAGAUCCUUUUGUGGCUGAUGGAGGGACAGAAAGAAAUGGUUCCACAGAAGAGAAGCCCGUACGUGAGCACCAGUGGGUCCAAGAGGACCACGGCCCAUGAGGGCGCCCAGCUGCGGAACAACGUGCAGCCGUCACAUCCGUUCAUCCAGGAUCCCACCAUGCCCCCCAACCCAGCUCCCAGCCCCCUCAUGCAGCUGGAGGAGGUUUGCCGGCGGCUUGAAGAGGAGAAGAUAAAAUCUGGAACUCUACAGCCCAAGCAAAGGUACGUGAUGGAGGUGAUGCAGAGGGGUCGAACCGCGGUGAGGCCGGCACUGUUCCCUCCUCUCAGCGUGGUGCCCGCCGUUUCUGACAGCGACCUCUCCGAGCCUGAACAUAAAGCCAGUAAGAAGCAGCCGUGUGAAAACACAGUGGUGGCGUAUUACUUCUGUGAGGAGCAGAUUCCAUACAGGACGUCUGUCAAAGGCAGAGUCGUCACUCUGGGCCAGUUCAAAGAACUGCUCACAAAGAAAGGAAAUUACAGGUAUUAUUUCAAGAAGGUGAGCGACGAGUUUGACUGCGGGGUGGUGUUUGAAGAGGUGCGCGAAGAUGAGGCCAUCUUGCCCAUUUUUGAGGAGAAGAUUAUCGGGAAAGUUGAAAAAAUUGAUUGAAGUGCACGUUGAAAAGGAGGAGGAGGAGAAGUAGCGCGUGAUGGACCGAGAAGUGACUGGAUGGUGAAGAGGAAGUGUUAAGAGAUGAAGAACGUGGGAGCAGGGAGGAAACAGAUUCGGUAGAAGUGAUGAAGAGCGAAGCAGUGGCCUCAGCGCGCGUAGGGCCGCUGCAGUGACUAGAGAAAAGACCUCAUCCACUUCUUUGUAAGUGCGAUGUAGACUUGUAAAGUUUAAUAGAUGAAUGAAGAACAAAAGUGCUUCUAAAGCUACAUAUUUUUGAUAUCAUCUAUCAGAGGGCGAGGGAGUCCUUUUAAUAUAAUCACACUUGUCAUUUUUAUAUGUAUUGGUACCAGAUGUGUACAGUUUGUGUUUAAAGAUAACAAAAUUUUAUAUCUAUUUAACUAUUUAAAAAAAGCUCAUUUGGCCCCUGUUGAAGACGAUCAAAGUCCUUUAUAGGGCUAAGUUUUGUCGUUGUUAGUUAGUCAGUUAGUUUUGUUUGUCGCUCACUGGAAGGGCCCUCUGGACUCUAAAGUGCUUUUAAGUACUUUUCAGAUGUUUUAUUUGCGGCUGCACUUUCAUUGUAUUUAUAUACCACUGAGCGUCUCAAUUGAGGCUGCAACAUGAUUUUUCUAAAGCACACAACAUUGAGUGCUCAGAAAAAUUUGGUACAAUCUGGUACAAUUGAUACAAAAUGUAAGACUUUUAUACAUAAUAAUAUAGUCUAAUAAUAAUAAUUGGCAUCGUGUGAAAUGAGUCCCUCUCUGACACAAUUUCACAUUAAAUGUGAUAAUUGAUUACUGUUUUAUUUGGUUGGACUAAUGCACAUUGCUCGGGUUAAUUGUAUUUUUGUGGUCGGUCAGUGUAAUCCACAUGUAAAUGAGGUGGAUGGCUGUGUUAGUGUACAGCCUUUCACUGCAUUGUUUUCACCUACUAUCAGCUGAAAAUGAAGUCUAAAGAAAGCUGCCUUCAAAUGAAACGCCAUAGAUGCAAUAACACUUAAAAACAUGAUUGGAAAUUACAAGGUGAAUAUCUAUGCAAAAGGUGGUUUGUGAUUUUGCUGUUGCCCUGGUCUAAAAUCUACACUGGAAAUCCAUUGUAUUUGUUGUGUAACAUUAGAAAAGUGUUCAAAGUAGUUUGACCAUUCACACAGUUGAAUGCAGCAGUAUCUUACUUUAGUAAAAGUAAAAAAAAUCCUUGCGACAAGGAGCAAGUUGAAAAUAGACUGAUUUUAAUGUCAAUUACAAAAUUCGCCCAGUGGGGCCCAAACCUCUGCAUACAAUUGUAAAAACAAUCAGGAAAUUAAAUAAUCCUGUUAAUGAAAUGUCAUAUGGUAACAUGUAUUAUUUUUAUGUCAUACCUCAGUCAGUUCAUCAAGCUAAAUUGUAUUUGGCUUGAUGUCUGCAGGGAUUCGCUACCGGUCGUACAACUUCGCUGACCUUUAUCUGUCUGACCUUUAUUUUGAUAUAAUUAUUCUGAUUAUGCCUGUUGUUGAAUUCUAAUUUAUCGGAUACAAACAUCUGAAGAUGCUUAUGUGUUAUUAUUAUUUCCAGUUAGACAUCAAACAUUUUAAUUAAUUUACAUCAAUGAAAAAGUGUCACACCCAGCAUCAGAAGUUGAUGAAAUAGAAGAGCAGCUUUUCCCCCUGUAGACUGUUCUGCAGAGAACGUCCUUGGCCUGAGGUCACAGUGUCGUCACUGUCGUGUGAAAAGUCGAUAUUUGUGUGCAAUGAAGAUCACAAAACAUUGCUUUUACACCCAGUCUCACCACCUUACACCUUCAAUCACAGCUUCUCCACGGCUGAGAAAGGGCUGCACUCACAACUGAUUUCUAAUCUGUAGCCUUCGCUUGUUUAUCACAGCUCCAUCUUGUGCCUGACAGGAAUGAAUCGUUAAGUGCAAACUUCUGAUCUACUUCUGAAAGAUCACGUUACACCAAAGAGAAAAAAAAGCAGAUGCAAGGAGAAGUUCUGAAUCAAUCUCAUUACACAUAUUGCUAGAAUUACUUCUUAGCAAGCUAUUAUUGCAUUUUUUUUUUUUUUGCAAGAUGUGUACGACUUUGACAUUUUUGGUGCAUCGUGACAUGAACGUGAACAUUCGGAGGACUCGUGCUCACAGGACACGAAGAUCUAGUUAUUAUUACAACGUCCCAGACAAUUAUCAUCUGAUUGGAAAUGUGACAUUUUUUUUGCACUGUAAUAGCAAACAAAAAGAAACAGAAAGAAAUGGCACCGAGUUACUGGGAAAUGGUACAUGACAAUAAGAUUCAAGAUCAUUUUGUAUUUUUCAUUCUGUAUUUCAUCUUUGUUGCUGAAGUCCAUAGUGAGGAAUGUAUUAUAAUGAGAGUAUCAUUAUUUUACGUUUGUUUGAGAUGCAGUAUUUUGAAUUUCUAACUUAAAACAUAACUUUAAUAUAUUUAGUGCAUUUGCCUCCAGAUCCGGCCUUUGUACCAGAUCCAGUGAAAUCCUUUUUGUUGUUUUUUUGUUUUAUUUUGAAAUGUAGUGACAAAUCUGUUGUGAAUCUUACUGUGAAAGCCCCAAAAGCAAACUUCCCUUAUUUGAGAUCAAUGACAUGUAUAUAAACAUCUGAGUGCCUUUAUGAAUAUGCUAAUGAUGUCUGCAGUUUGACUUUCAGACACGUGGGGGUUAUAAAUGCCAGGGACUAGCUUUAUUGUAUUAUUUUAUUUAAUUUUACUUGAUUUUUUUUGUUUGGGCUUUUUCUUUUAUUGUUAUUAUUUUUGCAAACAUGGUCAAACUAUUCCACACGUUUUUUUAUGUAAAUAUGUACAACGUGAAUUGUCAUCAACCAGCAGCCCAGUUAGCACAAUCAGUACCCUGGACCUGUUUCUGUUCACUAACUAGCAUGGUCACCGUUGGUACCUGGACAAUAAAUACAUGCAGUAAACCAGC